UGUGAGUUAGAUUGCAUAAUCAAAAGGUAAAGUAAGGCGAAUAAGAAGUAUUAAAGCCUUUAUCUUUAUUCAGUGUUUGCACUUUCAAGCAGUGUGUACAAGAUGGAAACCUUUGUGGGAACCUUGAAGUGAAAGAUUACUUGUAACUAUAGGACAACUAUAAGGCCUUCUAAGGAAUACUGUGUGGAAUGGGCUUUAAAGGCACAGCUAUGCUUAUAUCUGGUAUCCUCUUCGCCUGGCUGUUUAUGGGACUGACAGAAUCUGUGGACAUCACCUUACCACCCAACAUAUCAGUUACUAUAGAACGUAGUGCUGGACCAACCUCGCCACCUUGCAGUAUCUGUACUGGAAAAGAUGGCUGCAAGCUCUCUAAGCUACAGAUACAACCUGGGACAAGUGUCCGCUACAAUUUCACCUGUACUACACCUGAAAAUCACUUUGUUAUGGUAAUUCGCAGGAUGAUUGACUGCAACACUGGUGUUUGUCCCUUUGGAAAUGUGAGUUUACAACCUUCAAGCUUGACUGGAUUAAAUAGAACCUUCAUGUGGAAUGUGGAAGCUCCUCGGAAUAUAGGUGUAGAAUUAAGAUUCACUCCAUGGAUAAGGCAAAUUAACCCAUCACACAAAUGCAAAGAUCAGAUAACUUUCACUGUUAGCACUUUAAUAUCUUCCACCAGCAUCGGAACUUUCUGCAAGAAAGGCACAGUGUCACGCAUUAAGUUGCAAGGAGGUGGUGUUGUUACCCUACAACUACCCUGGAAUGAAACGCUGACAGAAUCUGGAUUCAGCAUUGCAAAUAGAUCUUCCAUUAAAAGAUUGUGCAUUAUCGAAUCCAUAUUUGAAACCGAAUCAACUACAACAAUGAUGUCUGCAAAUUAUCCACAGGGAUUUCCAAACAAUGAACUCAUGACCUGGCAGUUCAUCAUUCCUCAAAAUCACAGAGCCAGUGUCGAAUUUAUAAAUUAUACAUUACCUAACUGUUAUAUGAAAGAGCAGCGAGUAGAAUAUGAUCUUCCCUUGUACAACAAUAAUCCAGAGGUUUUCCAGUUCGAUUCCUUACAGCCGGGCAACAUUGGUGGCAACUUCAAUUUGUCUUUGGAAAACUGUGAAUUGGAAAGUCAGAAUCCAAAAGCACUUACUUUAGUCUUCAAUAUAACAGUGCAGAAGGCAACAAAUAUUGCAAAUCAUACCUAUCCUAUUGAUUUAAGGAAAGAAACAACUAUGAAUGUGCGAAUAUCAAAACUGCUUGUAAAGGCUCGCUAUUUUGCCCCUGUCUGUGUUAUUUGCCGUGGAGAAAAUCAAUGUUCAGAGGAGAUAAUUCUGGAGGGCGGAAAAUACCAUAGAAUUUCAUUUCUAUGCAACAAACUUGACACCUUUAGGGUAACCGCAGAGCAAAUCACACAAUGUUCGGAUUUUAAAACCUGCCCCAUAAACAACACAUCUCUUGGAAUACCCCAGUCUUUGCUCUAUCUCCCCAUACCUUUGGAAACUAUUACCUGGAAAAUAUUCCCACCACCACAGAGCAGUGCUGAAAUAGGAUCCAGAAGAAUAAAACUACAGCAGCCUCUUCUAGGAACAACAUGCAAUGCUACUUCAGAUUUCUACUAUCAUAUCACCAGCUUCACCAAUGGAAACCAGUUUACAAUUGGAAAUUUUUGCCCCAAUGGAUCUGUAGAAAAGAUGCAAAUGAAAGGCAAUGUUACUAUCAUUCUGAACACAUAUAAGAAAACAAAUCUGAGCCUAAAGAACCAUGACUUGUAUUUAUCUUUUGUACCAUCUGUUAAAGAGGAAUGCAUAUUUACUGUGAGUCCAAACAGCAGUUCUACUGUUAAGCAUUACACUCCUGAUUGGGAAGCAGGGCUUCCAGACUACUAUUACCUCUCCUGGAACAUCGAUUUGUCCCCCAAGCAAUCUGCCCAAUUAACAUUUGACCGGGACAAAAUUGGCAUUAUGUGCCAAAUGAACAGUGCACUUCUUUACAUCAAGGAAAAGAGAGAAAAUGGGGUGGACAUUGUACGAAAUGAAAAUGAAAAGCUCCCCAGUACUCUGAACCUCAGGUAUCCAUUUUGGGUGAACAUCUCUAAUUGCAAGCCUAAGGUCAACUACAAGCUUCAAGUCCAGUUUUCUAUAACAGUCACUGAAAGCAACACAGAUAUAAAAAUCAUUGGGAUUGUGAUUGCAGCUGCAGUGUGCACAGUUAUUGUAGCCGUGGGAGUGACUUUUUGCUGUCUUAGAAAAAAAAAAAAAGAGAAACAACUUCCACCAAACAAAGAAAAAGUAAAUACAGAAAUGUCAAGACGCAUAGGGUUCAAAGCUCGGAAGACCAAUGAGUCUCAUGUAUAUGCAAUAAUUGAUGACACAAUGGUUUAUGGACAUUUGUUGAAAGACACAGAUGGUCCAGACAAUCCUGAGGUUGAUGUGUACCGCCCCAUUGAAGGUGCUGUUCCUCUUGUGCCCCCACUUCCUAGGCUAAAUGGAAGUAGUAAAAACAAUCCUGAGGUUGAUGUGUACCGCCCCUUUGAAGGUACUGUUCCUCUUGUGCCCCCACUUCCUAGGCUAAAUGGAAGUAGUAAAAACAAUCCUGAGGUUGAUGUGUACCGCCCCUUUGAAGGUACUGUUCCUCUUGUGCCCCCACUUCUUAGGCUAAAUGGAAGUGGUACAGAAGAUACGUGGGAGGAUCCACUUGCUCUUUCAAUGAGGCGAAAUGAAAUUUAUGCUUCAUCAGAUGAUCUCCCAAAAGUGCCUGUUGAAGAUGAAGAUACUAGUCUAUCCUUUCUAGACAGUAACGACCAUGAAACUGUGACAUCAGGCUGAUUUAUUUGGGAAAAUAAUGCAAAGGGUAUUUAUUUUAGAAUAGUGAAGACUAAUGUCAAACAACAAAACUGAAAUAAAGAUUGCCGCCAUCCACAAGGAUUUUUUUUUUUUAAAACAAAACAAUCGUCUGGACUGGAAAUAGAUAGAUGGGACGAUGAUUCUGUAAACUAAACUUUGGAUAUUCUUGUACCUGCAAAGUUGAACAUCUUUUAAAAAGACCUUUGUAAGUGAAAUGUUACUUAAGCAGCUUGGAGUUGUGAAUUAAUUUUUUUAUGCUGGACUUUAA